ACCAGUGCAGACAGCAGCAGUGAAAGAAAACGAAAACGAAAACGUCAACGCGUACGGAAAGAAUUUAGCUGCUCUUUUCGUUUUUUAUUUAUUUAUUUGCUUUAAAUGCAUUUUAAAAUAAACAAAUUGGAUGAGAAUCGUUGCGUUUUCGCAUAAUGCAAUACAAUCAAUUGAAGUGAAAUUGUGCAAAAUUGUGUGUAGCUAUUUUCAAGUGAAUUUUUACUUGCGUUUCCUUGCCCAUUGUCUCGUCGCAUAGUCCGUCUCGUUCGGUUGAUUGCAGUGGCAGCGAAGCAGAAGCGCAGCAGAGAUAGCGACAAAUUGUGCUCCGAAAAUUAUUUUAAUCCAAACUCCGCAAAGAUAUCAAAUAAAAUAUGCAAUUGAGCAACGUGUGUUGGCAGAGUUUUCAUUGCUUAUUGGAGUGGGUACGAACAACAACAACAACAACAUGGAAUACAUCUACCUGCUGCUUCAAAUAAACAGUCGACGGUCAGAUGCAUUGCUGACUGACUGCUGAAUGCCGCCCUAGAAAGUAAACAAUAUAAACUAACAACAAUAACAACAAAAAUUACGACUAUAAGUGGAAAUUAAAACUGACAAUGAUGGCCGUAACAGCAGCAGCAGCAGCUGAGGCGGCAGCUUAAUAAGAAAUACAUACAUCAUACAUAUGUGAAGUGCAAGAACUGCUGAAGAAAGUCGCGAGUCUCAACAGCAGUCGUAGUCAACUGCAUACUAACUGCAACAUACAUUGAAACAUAUGUACAAAUAUACAAAUAAUCAAGCGUAAAAAAAGUGCGACAAAAGCGCUGUGUAGCUAUUUUUUCAAGCCACCGUAGGUGUGUUUAAGUGAAAUACAUAUCAGACACAAUUUUAAUGUAUACGCGUUAUCAACGUGGCCAAGAACAACAACAGCAACAUAAUCACCUUAAUUUAACUGCAUUAGAAAACGCAUAAAUUUUAGAAAGAAAAACCAAAAACAGUAAAUAUUUACAUUGUUGGCACCGCAAGUGUGCCAAGUUUGCGACAAUAUUAAACAGCUAGCGUAAUAUUGUUGUUGGCAACUAAUGGAGCCAUAUCAUCAUCAUAUUAGACAACAUUAUCCACCCACGCGACCAGAGUUGCAACAAAAAUGCAAUCGCGGUUCACAUUCGAGUGACACAAGCUCAGCGUACAGUGGCAGCGAUACAAUGGCGUCCGUGUACGGCUCCUCAAUGGACGCGGAGGAAAUUGAUCUGUCCGGUUUGGUGGAGUCGGUGGUGGAUUCCGAUGAGGAGGAUUUGGCGGAGAGCAUGGAUAGUUUAAAUGUGCGCGAUGCAGUGCGUGAUUGCCUGGAGAAAGAUCCCUCCGAACGCACAGAGGAAGAUGUCGAAAUACUGCUCGAAUUCACACAAGGCUUGAAGGCCUUCACCAAUAUUACAUUGGCGGUGCGCCGCGCGCUCUGCGCUGUCAUGGUGUUUGCUGUGGUAGACAAAGCCGGCACAGUGGUGAUGUCAGAUGGCGAAGAGCUCGAUUCAUGGUCGGUGCUUAUUAAUGGCGCCGUGGAGAUUGAGCAUGCGAAUGGCACGCGUGAAGAGCUGCAAAUGGGUGAUUCCUUUGGCAUACUACCAACUAUGGAUAAAUUGUAUCAUCGUGGCGUAAUGCGCACCAAAUGUGACGAUUGUCAGUUUGUUUGCAUCACACAAACCGAUUACUAUCGCAUACAGCAUCAGGGUGAGGAGAAUACGCGUCGGCAUGAAGAUGAGGAUGGACGCAUUGUGAUGGUCACCGAGUUGCGUCAAAUCGGCAGCAAUGAAAACGGUACGGCUAGUAGUAAUGCGAGCGCCGCAAGUGCGGCGGGCAUGAAGCGUGGCCAUGUAGUGAUACGUGGCUCACCCGAACGUUUGCUGCAACAGUUGGUGGAGGAGAAUUCGAUGACUGAUCCCACAUAUGUGGAGGAUUUUCUGCUCACACAACGCAUUUUCAUCAAAAAUCCACAAGAGGUAACGCAAAAGUUGCUUGCCUGGUUCGAGUGUGAUGCCGAACCGCCCAAAGGUAGCAGCGCGUCGCCGCAAGAGAUACGCGAUCGUGUGACACGCGUUGUGCUGCUGUGGGUGAACAAUCAUUUUACCGAUUUUGAGGCUGAUCAUGAAAUGAUGGAGUUCCUGGAGGUAUUCGAGGCUGGUUUGGAGCAUACGCGACUGUUGAGUCAAUUGCGUUUGCUGCACAUAGCGUGUGCGGCCAAAGCGCGCAUGCGUAGUUGUACACUGACGCGUUCGUCACGUGAUGAACCGUUAAAUUUCAAUAUAAUCGGCGGUUAUGAGAUGCGCGGCAUUACGGCGGCCACAGGCGGUGGCGGUUGUGGCAUAUACAUAGCGCAUGUAGUGCCCGGUUCGAAGUCACAAGAUGUCGGACUAAAACGUGGCGAUCAAAUACACGAGGUAAACGGUCAGUCGUUCGAACAUGUGACGAGUAAACGUGCAAUGGAAAUACUAAUGGGUAGCACACAUCUGAGCAUAACGGUGAAAAGCAAUCUGCUGGGCUUCAAAGAAAUGAUGUUGGCCAUUGAACAAGGUGGCAAUGGUAGCAGCGGUGGCAGCAAUGGCGCUGGCACACCCAUCGGAAGUGGUAGCGGUAGCAGCGGCGGCUCGUUAGGCAGCAAAUCACUGCGUAGUCCACGUCGUAUAUGCGCCAACGACAUUGCCAAGUUACAUGGACGUUGCAUGUUGGAUGAUAUGACCACCACAAAUCGUUCGCAUAUGUUGCGACUCAGCUCAGUUGAUAUGCUAUUGCCCACAGACCAAACGGACUGUUGUCCGCCAGCGACGCCACCACCAAUAAUGCCGCAACAACCGAGCAGCGGCGGUGGCAAUAUGGCCAGUAAUUUUAUGUCGAAUCUCCUGCAGAGCGUCAGCAAUGCAUCCGCGCGCAAGGACACGCAGGGCAAUUGCAAUGAGGGUGGUUCCAAAGGUGGCGGUUUUAUGACGUUGGCACCGAGGCGACGCAUACAAAAAGCGUUGGCUAAAAUGAAUUUGUUGCAGCACAAGAGUAUCGGUGGCGCAGGUUUGAAUGAUUCUGUCGAUAUAGCUACACCCACGGAAACGAUGUCACAAAAAGCCGGCAAAUUGACAACUUCCUCAUCCAGUUCCUCAUCUACAUGCGGUGGUGUUGGCGGCGGUAAUCGUCUCUACCAAUCGCAAUCCAAUCCGGAUUUGAGUUCAUCAUUGCUCUAUGAAGACUCUACUUCUUUAACAACUAGCACUGCUACGGCGCCUGCGCCAACACCCAACUAUCUGACUGCCUCUAUGCAUCGUCCCUCAGCCGUUUCGACCACCAGCUCCGCUAUGCUGCCUGAUUACCCCGAGCAUGUGUUGAAAGUCUUCAAGGCCGAUCAGUCAUGCAAGUAUUUGCUCAUCAAUAAGGAGACGACGGCGCACGAAGUUGUUAUGUUGGCGCUGCAAGAGUUUGGCAUACACGAUCCCAGCUCGAAUUAUUCGUUGUGUGAGGUGAGCGUCGGUGAAGGUGGCAUGGUGAAACAACGUCGCUUGCCCGAUCAACUGCAGAACCUAGCCGAGCGUAUAGGUUUUGCCGCGCGUUACUAUUUGAAAACAAAUGGCAGUACCGAGACACUGGUGCCCGACGAAUUGGCACUCGAGUUGGUGCGUGAGUCGAGUGUACAUUUUCUGCAAUUGAACGCCUAUGAAUUGGCCAUACAAUUGACACUGCAAGACUUCGCCAUCUUCCGGCAAAUCGAGUCGACUGAGUAUAUCGAUGAUCUGUUCAAUCUGAAGACGAAAUAUGGCGUGCCAAUGUUAACAAAAUUCGCCGAACUCGUCAAUCGUGAAAUGUUUUGGGUUGUCACAGAGAUCUGCAGUGAACAUAAUAUUGUGCGACGCAUGAAGAUUGUGAAACAAUUCAUAAAAAUCGCCCGCCACUGCAAAGAGUGCCGCAAUUUUAAUUCUAUGUUCGCCAUUAUAUCUGGUCUCGGACAUGCGGCUGUGUCGCGACUGCGUCUUACCUGGGAAAAACUGCCUUCUAAAUAUCAACGGGUCUUCUCCGACUUGCAGGAUCUCAUGGACCCCUCACGCAAUAUGUCGAAAUAUCGUCAAUUGGUCUCUUUAGAACUGUUCAACCAACAUCCCAUCAUACCGUUCUAUCCGAUUGUGAAGAAGGAUCUCACCUUCAUACAUCUUGGCAAUGACACGCGCAUAGAAGGUCUAAUCAACUUUGAAAAGCUGCGUAUGCUCGCCAAAGAGGUGCGUCUGCUGACGCAUAUGUGCUCAUCACCGUACGAUCUGCUCGCCAUACUGGAACUUAAAGGUCAAUCGCCCUCGAAUGCGCUCUUCUCGCUCAAUCAGCUGUCCACUUCGCAAAAUGCUGGUGGCACCCACAGUACCGUUAUCGCCGCAAAUGCUGGCCAGUCGACUAUAAAGCGUCGCAAAAAAUCCACAGCGGCACCAAAUCCAAAGAAAAUGUUCGAAGAGGCACAAAUGGUGCGUCGCGUCAAGGCAUACCUGAAUAAUUUGAAGAUCAUCAGUGACGAAGAUGCACUGCACAAAUUUUCGCUCGAAUGCGAACCGGCAUCCAACUCACAGACGCAUGGUGGUAGCAAUAGCAGUACACGCGGUGAAAGCGGUUUGGGUCGAGAUGGCACUGGCAACUCAUCGAUACGCAGCGGUGAUCAGUUGAGCAUCUAUUCGCACACGUCAUCCUCAUCGGCGCCAAACUCAUCAUUGUCCCUGCGCAAACGUCAUCCUUCAUCGCCAACACUCUCCACUACCAGCUCAACAUCGUCAACCAGUGAUCAUCAUAAUCGCCGCAAUUUGGCGCACAAUAACAACUCAAAAUUUGGCAUCGCCUCACCUCAAGCCGUCAAAAAAAUACUAGCGCUAUCUGAUCCGACGAAAGUGCGUCCACAUCAACCGUUUACAGCGCGUCAUUCGGGCAUGCCACCACCACCACCACCGCUACUGGUUAAUACACCGCAUCAUAUACUUGCGCAUGCGUACAGCACCACACCGGCGGGUAUGCCUUUAACUGCCGCUACGGCCACUUCCACCACGCCAAGUCCGUGUUCGCAUAGACGUCUGGCCUCGGGCAGCAAUUCAAUGCCAGCAGGCAAUAUGGUACCCGUUCGGGCCAUACAUGAACGUUCAAAUUCGGAUACGCCAACGCCACCACUACCCUCGGUCGAUCUCUCAGUCGAAAGCAGCAGCGUUACAACAUUUCGAGACUUGCCUUUGCGCAAAUCGGUGACUUCUGGCUCGGUGUCAUCCAGCGACAGCGGACACGGCUCAUAUGCGCAACAACAUGACACCAGUAGCUCGGUUUACACCGCCGCCGAUUGUCGACUGCUACAACAAAUCUCCAAUACGGCUGCACGCAAUUUGAGCGGAAGCGGCAGCGCUAGCAGCAAUAGUAGUAGCGGCAGUAGUGGCAUUAUUAGCCAAUGCAGCAACAAUAGUACACCUACAACUACACCGAUACCACCACCGCCACCGUAUCAUAUGUUGCGCAGUGCCGCUCACAACGCCGCCAAUAGCAUGUAUCACGCGAACGCGACAAGUGCAACGCCAUUGCCGCCACCGCCGUACCCGCGUUUGCAUUGCGGUGAGACCAUGGUUGCGCCGCUGAUGCAUCCAGCGCACACACGACAUUCCAAUAUGCAUGGUGGCACUCCGAAUUUCGUUGAUGGCAACAAUAAAUGCCCAAUGUGCCCGACAAUGUCGCCACCAUCAAAUCUGAAUCAGUAAAAUGUUUGAAAAACAUGUUUGAGAUUAUGUGUAAUUUUUAGACUUAAGAGUAAAAAACCAAAAAUGCCAAAACUACUUUUUUUUUGGUUGUGUUUAAUAAAGCAAAUAAGUGACAACCAAACUAUUUUAGAACAACAAAAACAAAAACAAAAAAAGGAACACACUAAAAACCAAAUUGACUGCAAAUUAUUUAUACCCACAAAUAUAAACCAAACUGUUCUUCCUAUUCGGUAAUGAGAUGCUAAAUAUGAAACUUUGUCGUCCAUUGAAAGUGAAAUGCAAACAACAAGAAAAAAAGCCUACUCCGCAAGAUGCCACCACCGUUUUUGAACGUAAUAUACACAAAUAUUUAUUUUCGUACAUAUUUAACUGAGACUAAAGCAAAGUAGCCAAAUGAGAGUAAGUAAUAUAUAUAGAAAUAUAUAUACAUAUAUGUAUGUAUAUGCUGACAGCAAAUUAAAAAAAAAAUAAUGUUUCAAAAUUAAUAAAAAAAACAUUGCUUGUUAAAGUAUAUAAGAGGAGUAUAUAGCUAAAGUAAAAAAGUGAAAUGAAAGGAAAAACUACAAAAUUUACACACAUGCACACACUUACCUUUAUAGACACACCCACAUAAUCAAUGGCAAUUUUUGCGAUUUUUUUAUAAAAUAUAUUAUAUAAUAUAUUUAUAUUUACAAAAAAAAACUAUUUUUGAUUUUUAAGUUUUAUUACUAUGAAAAGUAAUAUUUUUAUACUUUCUACUAUAACUUUUUACCUUUUUGAAAGUAAACCCCUAAAAAAACAAAAAAAAAAUAUUUAAUUUGAGAAAAAAAAUUCCAAAACUAUUUUAUUAAUAAUAAAAACAAGUUAGUUGUAAGUUAAGCAAAUAAAUAAAAGUGAUUUUAAUUCUUGAUUUACGUACUAGUUUUGGCUUAUAAUACAAAUGAAAUAUUGCGCUACUUUUAAUAUAAUUAAACUAAUUAAUUGUCUUUUUGUCGCAUUGUAUUUUAGGUAUAUAAGACAAAAACAACAAAAAUAAAAUACAAAUGAAAAACAAAAAAUAUUUAUAGUUGCUAACAGAAAAAAGUGCAUAUUGUGCAAAUAUUAAAUUAUUUAAAUAAUAUAUAAAUACAAUGUAUGCAAGUUUCAAACCAAAAUAAAGCGUCCCUUACACUUGUAUGUGUAAGUAAGCGGUUUUCGCUCAACGGCAUUAAAUAAACUCACCUAAUGCCUAAAUGUUGUUUAACGCUCUGGUAACUCAUGCAUUAUUUUUUUUUUUUUUUUUACUCAAAAUACACAAAACUAUAAUUUUACAACUAAGCUGACUGACAAUUUAUAACUAUUUAUAAUCCCAAAAGCAAAUAAGUAAGCUCUGACGCGCACAUUUUCAUGUCGAAAACCGAAAACAAAAACAACUACAAAAUCUUCAUAGCAUUUACAACGUUUCAUAAAUAAUUUUAUUACAAGAACAAAAAAUAUAUUCAUUUUUUUUUCAAACAUUAAAUAUUUAUAAAAACAAAAAAUAAAUAUUUAAAAAUAACAUAUUUUAAUAUUUAUGUGUGUGUUUAUGGUUGCGCAAAAGAAAAAAAGAAGAAAUUUGCCUACAUAUGGGCUAUAAAGUACAAGUGUAUAGCUUAAUAUUUAUGUGAAGUCAAUCAAGCGUGUUUAUUUGUUUGUGUGGGCCAGGCCAGUAGUUGUGCGCAUCGCCAGCAGCAUGUGCGCUGAUGAUGAUUUUUCGUAAUGUAACUGUAGCGCCAGUAGCGCUGUCGCAUAUCAAGCAAGCAAAGAAGAAGCUCUCAAUAAUACAUACAUACAUUUUACAAGUUAGUAUAGUUGGGUGUAAAGCCAGCAGGAAAAGCAUGAAAUGAGUUUAUGAAUUUUAAUAUUUUUUUGAAAUAAUCUCAAACUUAAAAAAAAAUUCGGAAGAAAAAUUAUUAUUUUUUCAUUGAGUUUUAUAUUACUCAUUAUUUUUUCGUUUACAUAUUUUUUCCUUAAUAUUUAUUGAUAUAAUUUUAGCCUUCAAAAACUUUUUGAAUUUUUUUUUUUCAUUAUUGUGUGCAGUAUAUUUAUGUGGUUUCUGUUUCUUAUUAUUUUAUUGUUCAAUUUAUUUUUUUUUUGGCACGCAAUAUUUUUUAAAUAUAGUUAAUUUAAAUUUCAAUAAUUUCAAAACCGUUUUCGAGAAAAAUAUUCAAAUUAUUUUUUUUCCAAUAAAGUUUUAUAAUAUUUAUUUCAUUUAUAACUAAAAAAUAUGUUUAGUGUGAACAAAACAUUUGUUUUUUUUUUUUAAAGCACCUAAAAGUAUGUAAUAAAAGGUACUAAAAAAAUCUAAUCAAAAAUAAAGUUGAAUAUUAUUAAUAUGUUUAUUAUUAUUUAUAACUAUUUUCGAAAUCUUAAACUUUCAUACAUACAUUUAUUCAUAUUUUUUGUAAAACGAAUUCAAUUAUGAUUAACAAAAAAAUAUAUAUUUUUUUUCGAUUUAAUAUAGUGUUAUACGCGUUUUUCAAAGUCCCUUAAUUUAAUAAAUUUCUAAACUGUACUAAUUGAAAACCAAAUAGCUAAUUGACUCAAUUAAGGAUUAUAAAUUAUUACUCAUUAAUUUGGUAAAUUACCAAUAAAAUACUAAAUGAAAAUCAAAUCGCUAAUUGACUCAAUUAAGGAGCUAUCUGAAAUUAUUUCUGCAUUCUGUAGACUUCUACCAUAAACCUAACUGGUAUUUAAUAAUCGUAAUGAAUUUGGUUUCCAUUCGUCUUUUUGUUCCAUUAAAUUUUAAUGAAUACCUUUUUUUAUUUAUAAUGAGUUUUAAAAAAAAUAUUUUUUCUCAUGACCUCAAAUAUACUAAAAUUUAAUUCUUCAUAAAUCUGUCUAAAUUUUAUUUUCAUGUUUAAAUUAAAAAUAAAUAAAUAUCAAUAUUUAUAAAGCGAAGCUAAAUUCAAUUAAAAUGUCUAGAUGUAUUUUCUAAC